AUGACAACUAAAGCGAACAAGCAAAGUAAGUUGAUGCAGUACAUUACAACACCGUUUAGAAUUAUAGGCAUGACAAGGGAUUUCUACACGAAGACCAUGUUUGAUUGUGCCGGGAGGAUUGGUGAAGGCAGCGUGGUUGCCUGUCACACCGCGCAAGUGUCUCACAUUCCCACCAAGUUUGAUGUUUACUUAUCGAAUGUGAAGAAGGAAGAUGAUCAUGUUAGGGAGCUUCUACGAGCCGUGCCUAAUAAGAGGGAAUUGGAUGGGAGGAUCAUGGAGUCCAAUGUCCCUCAGGGACAACCGGCCGGCAUGGGGUGUGGGAGGAGUUACAGUGUUGGAGUUGGAAGGAUUGGGAGAAUUGAUGAGGACAAAUCUUGUGAUUUUGAGGAAGAUGAGUUAGUUGUUAAGGGGAAGGAAGAUUUGUUUCAUACAAGAAGCAGAAGUUAUGCUGUUACAAAGAGGAAUCCAGUGUAUUACUAG